UGAUGACGUCGACUGUCGGCGCGGCGGCCUCCCGCCUUUCCUGAUCAUCUGCGCGCUGCUGCUGGAAGUGCCGUGGCAAGCUGGCUUUAUCAAAAUGCGUUUCCAUGGCAACAAUCUUGUUCACCGAUAGAAGGCUGUCGGCGGCGGCGGCGGCUGUUCGGGGUGCGUUCCGCUUCGCUUGCUCUCGGAAACCAGGCAGGAAUGGCCGUCAUGGCUUCUCGAAACACAUCCCCUAUAUCGUAGACGAGUGAAUGCGAGAGAAUUCAAUAGGUGCAUGCGGGCCUGCUUGGUGGAAUGUUUCCUUGCUUCUGAGAAAAGGGUUUGCCCAUUGAAAGCCCAUUGACGGACAGCGGAACGCUCACCGUAGUGCGGACACCCCGUUGCCUGGGAAGUAGAAGACUGCGUCAUGGGCACUCUGGUGACUUACCGCGACCUUCCCGGAGGUCCGACGAAGAUCAAGUUCGCGGACGAGAUAUCACGACAUUGCUUGUGCCGGAAGUGCCAAAUGCUGUCCCUCUGCAUGUACACAGAUACUGCUUCCCACAUGUUUUGCGAUAACUGCCUCAACGAUCAGAGCUACAAGCACAAAAAGUAUGAAAUCUACUGUCCGGAUGAGCGCAAGGAGGUUUCCCUCGCAGAGAUGUUUGAAGCUCGUGAUCUGGUCACCAUACUUCGUGAUCAGUAUGUGGAAUGCCCUAACCAACCAAAGUGCACUGUUAAACUUCCUCUCGGGCAACUUGAGAAUCAUUACAUAGAAUGCAAGGAGAUAUCAAGCAUCAAGUGUACCAAGUGUGGCCAAGAAGUACCAUCCACAUUGUGGAUCGAGCACAAAACUAAAUGCCAGGUGACGUGCGACGAGUUCACACUUAAGCCGAAAUUCCCAACAUCAGCCGAGCCUGAGAAGACCACGUGUAAGCACUGUGAGAGGAAGGUGAAAGAGUCGAACAUGCCACGUCAUCUGGAAGUAUGCUACAAAAUUCCAGUUCCCUGCCCAUACUGCGAGAAAGCAAUCAGCAGAAGUGAUUUGAAGGCGCAUGUUGAACAAUGCGAGCGUGAAUUCGAAGCCAGAAAGACAAGCGAUGCUACAGCUGCAAGUUCUGAAAAAUUAAACAAGAGCAAAAAGACAAAAGUGGCACCACCAAAGCGCGACGAGAACCCACCACUUCCAAGAACUAACUCCAAAGCUAAUAAGAAACAAAAGAAGGAAACAACUAAGACAAUGCGUGACGGGGACUCAUCGCAUCCAGGCACUUAUUCCAACGCUCAGGCGGCAUACUCGGGGAGCAAAACUUCAAUCACAGUUGAAGGCAGGGGAACUCCUGGAGAAAGCUCCUCGCAUACCGGACAAGAACCGCAGCUAUGUUCCGGGUGGUCUACGAAUGUCGACACUUGGCUUCCACACGCGACUGCCGGAAACUGGUACGCAGCGUACGUUGCCAUCGAAGAACAGUUUAAAGACACCAGAACCAAACAGGCAGCGAGGUACGCCCACUUCGUGCCUAAAUUGAUCACGUUGAAGCUUGAUCACAUGGUUCGCGACUUUAUAGACGCACCUUACGAACCGCAACCCUUUGACUGCCUGAUUACUGCCCUCUUUGCCAGGGCUUGCCUCCCGUUGAAUGUUUGGCCACAGGGGUCAGAGGUGACUUGGGAUGAUAUUCUGAAGUACGUGCCUUCAGUGCUGCAUUCACGACUAAGCGAAGACGCUAAGCUGUACCUGCGAAGGCAUCCGGUUAUUCCUAAAGAUCUCAAUUAUGUCAUGGUCGAUGAAGUUGGCAUAGAUGCUGCCGAAGCUGAUGUGCCCGGGGACACGUCAUCAGUGACAUCGUCCAAUCGUGCGAUAACGGAAACGGAGGCCUCAGAUGCACCUGAAGAGGAUAUGCGGUAUUUGGCAGCAGCGAAGCAGCCGGAGUUGGACCCACUUCAAGCUCUUGGAAAGAAGGAAGAGGCGCCAGAUAGCGAGAAAGCAAAAAAAUUGUCGGUCGCCGAACUUCCUGAUGACAUCACCUCAACAUUAGGUGCUAUAAAUAUUCAUGAAAUUUUGUCAGAAACAGGCUUCCGAGGAGAAGGCGGGCGUGUAAAAAAGCACGAUCAAACACAAGAACUCAUCCUAAAGGGCACCCACGAGAGAGAGAGUGAUGAAACAGACAGGUCAGCCUGUGGUCUCGGCAGCGGCUUAGUUUCUUCAGAACAAAAAAGCAGCACAGCGUUACAGAACGCAUCUUCGUCACACCAUUCAGAACCCUCAGCAGCUGAGCCAGCAGUAGAGUCUCUAUCAGCAACGAAAGAUGACAGUCAUAGCACUGAAGUCAAGCAGCGUUGCCGAAUGACGUGUGCAGAGGCAGUCAAAGUGCCCAACCCGACGCCAACUACGACAGGAGCAUUUCCUCAUGACCGAGAUGAUCCGCAUGAGAACGGUCACCGAAAACGCGGAAGUUAUGAGUACAGCGAGUCCUCUUCCUCCCAAACACGAAGCCGUAUUUGUGAGAAUAAGCCGGUGUAUUCUGCGGUAGCACAGGAUAGAAAAAUCAGUCCACACACUAUUCCUGGACACAUGGGUGGAGAAGUACCUUCGUGUAAUCAAACGAAUAAGGGUUAUUCCACUGAAACCCCACAGGAAGAUAGCAAAGCAAAGUAUGUUACGGGUUCCCCUCUAACUGUAAGCUUAAGCGAAGAAAUACCUUCGACUCAUGCUAAUUUCCCACGCGAACAAAUCGAAGACCUCCAAACGCACGCUCUGGGAAGCGGCAGCACGUCGUACGACACGCCACAAGGAAGAUCAUCGCAAGGUGCAUGGAUAGUGCAAUCCCGAGAAGGCGGGUGCGAAAAAACGCACGAGCAAACACAACAAGAACUCAGCCUAAAGGGCACCCACGAGAGAGAGAGUGAUGAAACAGACAGGUCAGCCAGUGGUCUCAGCAGCCGCUUAGUUUCUACAGAACAAAAAAGCAACGCAGCAAUCCAGAGCGCAUCUUCGCCAAUGCAUUCAGGACCCUCAGCAGCUGAACCAGUAGAGUCUCUAGCAGCAACGAAAGAUAACAGUGAUAGAAGCGAAGUCAAGCAGCCUUGCCGAAUAACGUGUGCAGAGGCAGUCACAGUGCCCAACCCGACGCCGGCUACAACAGGAGCAUUCCAUCUUGACCGAGACGAUGCGCAAGAGAGCUGUCACCGAAAAUGCGGAAGUUAUGAGUACAGCGAGUCCUCUUCCUCUAAAACACAAAACUGUAUUUGUGAGGAUAAGCCGGCGUAUUCUGCGGUGGCACAAGAUAUAAAAAUCAAUCCACACAGUAUUCCUGGGCACAUGGUUCGAGGAGUACCUUCGUGUCAUCAACCGAAUAAGGAUUUUUCCAGUGAAGCCGCAGAUGAAGAUAGCAAACCGAAGUAUGUUGUGGGUUCUUCUCUAACUGAAAGCGUAAGCGAAGAAAUCCCUCCUACUCCGUUUAAUAUCCAACGCGAACAAAUCGAAAACCACCAAACGCACGCUCCGGGAAACGGCAACACGAAGUGUGAGACGUCACGAGGAAGAUCACCUCAAAAUGCGCGGAUAUUUCGGAACAGUACCAUGAAGAAAAAACACGGUAACAACGGGGUCACGGACGAGUUCAGGGCAGGCACGACCAUCACAGCAGCCCGGUACCGGUCGAGAAACACAGCGGUUUCUUUGAGUCACCUAGACCUUAAGGAAAAAUCGCUUGGAAGGAACUUGCGCAAUUCGAACGUAAACUUAGAGCUCGAAAACACUAUACGGCAACUACGGCUGGAAUACUUCAGUAAGCUUUUGGGGGCUGAUUCAGGUCCACGCAGUUUUACGCAUAUUCAAAAGACACAUAACUGUGAAGAGAGUGACGACCGUUUGAUGUCUGAGGUAUCAAAGCAUCACUGUGAAUCUGGAGAAAACAACGGAAAUCACUCUCAAGGCACCCGGAAGAGAACUCAAACGUCUGCAAUUUCACAAGCUCCCAAAGAAGAGCCGGCAAAAGUAGUGAACGCCACCUUUAGCAAAACCGACACCGCCACUACAGCACCAGAUGCCACCCAUCGAAAAGACGACGUUGACUCGACAGUUCUGGCUCCUCAAUUUCAAGCGUCGACGUACACUCCACUUGAAACUCAAGUGACUGCACGGAGUAAAUUUCAGACAAACAUAAUUUGUUCACUGCCGCUUGCAUGUCAUGGCGACACUGUCACAGACUUGCAUCGCAUAGACACUGGACGACGCAUUUCCCAGGAGCUUUACUCGCAAACAGCAAAGUCUUCUGUGGAUGCUUGCAGCCAAACCCCGGAACAAGCGGAGCAGAGUGUCGACGAUGUGUCGAACAAUCUGGAGAAAUCAUUUAGCGAUUCUUUCUCAAGUCAGGAGACUGAAGUUUGAGAAACAACUGGGUAGUUACCACAGGGAGUCAACCCUUAUAAGUACUCGUUUAACUAUGGAGAAGAGGCUAGCUAGGUGUACCUCUCGGCGCAGAACUAAAUAUACAUUUUGCUACCGGCCUUUUUGCAUAACCGCGUGAAGAUUAGGAAUGCUGAGAAGGGACAAGUAUUUUUAUAUUUAUAAUUUAGAGACGAUGAAACAUCUUGUUAAGUGUAACUAUACAAGCAAUCGUUCAUUCACUCAGAGGACUUUGGAAGUUCAGUACUCCUCCUUUAAGAACUGGGCUGUGAAUUUUGAUCUCUGGGUGCAAUAUAUUGACGUGUUGCGAGUCAAGACUUUUAUGGUACAUUCCGCUGCCCAAACUAAUUUGCCAUUAGAUUUUUUUAUACUAUGCACGCGGAUGAAUAAAGCACCAAUCACGAUGACAUCCAUUGGGCAUAAUGAAUGUACGCUCUCAUGAGUGGUCCUUCAUGGAUCAUUUGCAUACUAUUAUGUUCGCAAAUUGUGUAACGUUAUUAUAGGUGUACUGCCAGCAAAAAUGACAAAAAAAGUAACUUUAUAACUUCGUAGAAACGCUCUGAAUAUUGCAGAGAAGGUGUUAUAGAGCGUAUCGCCGCCUUCACUCAAGAGGUGGCGCAGUUUUGUGCCGCGUCAUGCGCACUUUUCUUGAAUUGCGCAACAGCAAAUGAUUGCUUGAUCAACUUCAUAUCUGCACGCAUCUUCCGUCCUCCGGCGCAGUGUGGCAGCUUAAAGAUGCAGACGGAAAUUAUCGCUGUUCGUGCGCCCUUACCUGGUUCCACCUUAAUUGCGCCAAAUCGAACUUCUUUAAAUACGUUUCACUUAGUUCGUGGGACUUAUACGCAAUGAAAAGGCGAUGUUUUUAGACACUUAUUUAGGACACUUAUGUGGAACAAUAUUAGGAGUGCUACACUGUAACAGUUUUAAGAAGCUCGAUUGAAGAAAGAGCAGGCACUCAAGGAUGUUCGCUCCCGUAUGUUCCUCUUAGUAACUGGUAUGUUCUUGCUAAUAGGUUCGACUAACUUACUGGGGACUAAAUGGGUAACGAGAUUUAGAGCAUAUGUAUCAUGUAUACGCAACAUAUGUAUAUCUCUACUAAAAACUGUUUCUAGCCUACGCAACAUAUGUAUAUCUCUAAUAAAGACAUAGUGCUCAUUGCUCUUUUUAAAAUGCCUAGCAGCCUUUGGCCGAUGCGUGCUGUCAUCUGAGGCCACCUGGUGCCACACUUUCGCUACAUUUGUGUCAGGAAUCCCACUUAAACCCUGCGACAUUUUGCCGGAAAGGCGGAAGAGAAGCUAACGCUAAAAAUUUGCUUAGAUUGGGGCUUCCCGUUGCCGCUGCAUAGAUGUAACGCAUAGAUAUCGAAUGCAGCUGCAUAUUUAGGAGCCGGACGUGUUGUUUAAAUCAUCAAAUUCCCGUCACUACAGUUACAAACUCCAACAGGGGCGUAGCGUGAAAUUCUACGCACUCCUAAAGUUUGCAUGACGAUAGUACGGCCCGGCCCUAUGGAAUGCGGAGAGGUAAAGAUUCUUGAAAAUCUGAAGAGAUGCGCGUUACCAACACCAUUCACAACAGAACGAGUGUGGCUUACGUACAGUGUAUGGACCGAAUACACUUCAUUUCGGAUAAUCAUUGAUGCAGUCGAAGGGUGUUCGGGGAUGCCUAGAGGUUCCUACAGACAUUACUAGAGGGACGCCUGACGCUAGCAUCUAUACGGGCGUUGCAAUCAUGGUGGUUGAGCCAGACAGGGAAUGAUGGUUAGUAUAUAGGUUUAAGUAAAGCUCUUCCUGGUGGCUUCAGUGUAAUUUGAAAGUUUGACGAAUUAGGCAUCUUCGCCACGAUAUCGGAAUAUAAGUGAAACAAUGCGCGAUGAUUCUGCAUAUGCGUAGAGCCUUGUUGCUUUCUGUGUUUGGAAAAAUUAAGAUUUCUUCGGACCUUAGGCCCACAAAGGCGGAUGAUAUGUAGUAAGCAAAGACACACGAAGGUCGGACGCCACAGGCACAAAAACCAGACAAAUGUAUGUACUAACCAUCAUUCCCAUGGAAGCUUAACGAUAACGGUGCCACUGGUCCUUCUAGUUACAAUAGAAGGAAACUCCAUGACCUUGGAAACCCUAUGCAGGGAUGAACACAGUUUCUUGAAGAGGAUCAGGUCACAUAUUACAGUCUUAUCACGGUAAAUGUUUCGUAUUUGAACAUCUUUAAAGCUAUGCACUUUAUUGCUUUCGAUGGAAUUUUAAAUGUUGACGCGGCCGUACUGACUUUGAUGCCAUGGAAGAACGAGCGCGAACAUUGUACAUAAGCAAUGUACCCAGACACACAAAUGCACACCAGACUUUUCUGUGCCUGUGUGUCAGUGUUUCUAUGUGUCCAUUGGUAUAGCGUACAAUUUAUGCGCCUCUUCUGCCAUCGCUCCAAGCACCAGCUCGCUCAGCAAGACGUUGCACUGGCUUUGCUCAGAUUAUCUCACGUCUAAAUAAUCAGGUAAAAAGCCGCACUUUCGCGCAAUAGGCGAAGUAUUGAUUGCGAUGGCAAAUUAGUGGUUAUAUGACGCAAGAAUAGUAGUUUUAUCGGCCUGUGUAAGCUUGUAAACAUUCUCUUAGUAACAAAGUGAAAAAGCACGGUGUUACGCGCGCACAGGCAAACUUCUCGCUCGAUCACCGCGUACACUCGUCGUCAAAACGCUGGCGUAAGAGCGGCAGCAGCAGCGAGGGAAUUGACCUUCAUGCUGCCUCUCACUUCAACGCGAACUAAGUGGCGAAAGCACAGAUCAUGCGAAGCUACCAGCACUUGGCGCACUUUGCCCACAUCACAGGUCGCUUUGAAGAUAGGCCAAGUGCGGCCGCACCAUGCGUAGUAGAAGCGUUAGAAGCAGCAGAAUUAAGAACGUCGCCCUGGCUCCGGCAGUCUGGCGGGGCCAACUAAGCAGAGCCAACACGCGCUAGAAUCGUUCCCUGGGAGGUGUCGCACUUUGUCGCUUUUGCGGCCAAACGCACUGCGCAUCUGUGGAGGUCUUCUAACUCUCAAGGCGUGGGCCGUGCAU